AUGUCCAGUCGUGAGGGUGGUAAGAAAAAGCCUCUGAAGCAACCGAAGAAAGCACAACAAGAAAUGGAUGAAGAUACUAUGGCGCAAAAACAGAAGAAGCGGGAGGAACAAAAGAAAUUGGAAGAAGCCCGUGCCUUGGCUGCAUCCCGCGGACCUAUUGGGCAAGGAGCUAAAAAGAUCACAAAGAAAAAAUGA